AUGUCAUACCCAGGAUAUACACCCCCGUCGCAAACACCAGCAGGCGCUGUGCCACAGACUGCGACCACAUAUCCCUAUGGCGCCUACGCGACUGCAUACGGUCAUCCAACAGCAGCAGGUGCAUACAGCUAUCCUGCAAGCGCGUACCAAACGGGAGUGACUGGUUACGGGUGGACGUACCCGUAUGGCUAUCAUAUUCCUCAACCACACGCACAGACAGCAGCAACGUCAGCUGCACAUGUUCAACGACCCGCGGCUCCAGCCACACCUGCGGUUGCGACGCAAGCGACAACGACAUGUCUGCCCCAGCGAACAGCAUCUUUCUCUGCGUAUACUCCGAAUUACUCCAGGGAGAGCCUUCCUUCACACACUGGUGGGCGUGGAGGACGAAGGCAAUCCAAUUUCAAGGGGUUGUUCACGAAAGAAUUGAAGAAUCUCAUGUACGGCUUCGGAGACGAUCGGAACCCGUCAAACGACACUGUUAACGUUAUGGAAGAAAUCCUCAUUGAAUAUAUCACUGAUGUAUGUCAAACCGCAGCAGGACCAGCAAAAAAGACCAGAUUAUCUGUGGACGACUUGCGUCGUGUGCUGUCUCAUCCAGCAGAUGCGAAGAAGCUCGCCCGCUUGGAAGAGCUGUUGUUUAUGCAAGAAGACAUCAAACGCGCUCGUGCACAAUUCGAAGAAUCCGACAUUCACAAUCCGAAAGGAAUAUAA